AUGAGCAUCUACACGUUGGAAAUCACCUGCUUAGACUCUGUCAGGCUGGAGAACGGAUCCAGUCAGUGUUCAGGCAGGCUGGAGGUGAAGUCCAACAACUGGUGGUCCUCCGUGUGUGAAGAUGACUUUGACCUGCUGGAUGCAGAGGUGGUCUGUAGGGAGCUGGGCUGUGGGGCUCCUUCAGUCCUCCAGGGGGCGCUCUAUGGAGAAGCAGAAGCUCCCAUAUUGAGCAGAGAGUUUCUCUGUGAAGGUCAUGAGUCUGUUCUUCUGGACUGUGGAAGCUCAUGGAGGAAAACAAAAGCCUGUCCACCUGACAAAGCUGUUGGACUCACCUGCUCAGAUCCUCUGAGACUGAUGGGAUCGAGUCGUUGUUCUGGUGAACUCCAGGUGAAAACAGGAGGAGAAUGGAGAGCUGUUGAUGCACCGAUAUAUCGAAUAAGACAGGAAACAUUGGCAUAUGUGUGUAAGAAGCUGAAGUGUGGAUCCCACAUUGCAUCGACAAAUAAACAACUUCCAAGAGAACAGCCAGUUUUCCCGGUUGGUCCUUUCUGCUUAGAUAAAUUUCCUCAAAAUAUUGAGGAAUGUGUGUAUUACGAUACAAUGAGCAGCCAGACGAUGGAAAUCACCUGCUCAGACUCUGUCAGGCUGGAGAACGGAUCCAGUCGGUGUUCAGGCAGGCUGGAGGUGAAGUCCAACAACUCGUGGUCCUCCGUGUGUGAAGAUGACUUUGACCUGCUGGAUGCAGAGGUGGUCUGUAGGGAGCUGGGCUGUGGGGCUCCUUCAGUCCUCCAGGGGGCGCUCUAUGGAGAAGCAGAAGCUCCAAAGUGGAACAAAGAGUUUCUCUGUAAAGGUCAUGAGUCUUCUCUCCUGGACUGCAACCACGCCAGACUAGAGAGAAGCUCCUCAUCGGACAAAGUUGUUGACCUCACCUGUUCAGGAAUCAUCCGCCUGGAGGGAGACGUCAGUCACUGUGCUGGAACACUGGAGAUGUUUUACGGUGGAGAAUGGGGACCAGUAGCUGCUUCUAACUGGAGCCGGGACUCCGCCUCUGCAGUGUGCGCUCAGCUGGGUUGUGGUUCUGCUCUGUCUACUAGAAGCAAAGACAACUUCCUGAACAGAUCAGUGUGGUGGAUCCAGCCUCCGUGUGGCCCAUCACUGGAAGACUGUGAUAUUAUGCGUUGGGAUGAUCAAAGCCAAUCUACUCUUGAAAUAAUCUGUUCAGUCUCUGUGGUCGGUUUGAUGAUCCGUUGGGUUGUGGUCUCGGUGGGUUUGAUGGCGAUGAUCCUCGUCACCUGCUUCUACGCCACGAAAACCAGACGGAGAACACGAGAGGAACCGAGACGUUCCUGAUGGUUCUGGUUCUGGAGGCUGUACAGAGGAGAGGACUGCAGUGUGAAGGAAAGAAUGAAGAGUCCAGGCUGCAGCUGUAGAACUCUGCAUUACAUUACCAAUAGAUUCAAUAAGCAUCAAUAUUAACAUUUGACCCCAAACAAUAUUAAAGAUGAAACUAAUGAGUAAAGUAGCUCAUUUAUAGAAAAUGUCAUUGUCAUUCUUGCUCAUGUAAUCCUAAUUUUCUACAAAGAGAAUGAGGUGAGCGUUGGAUGCAGAUGUUGUACAAAAGCUGUGAAGUAAAAAGCGCUUUCAUCCACCAGAUUCAUGCUUUAAAAGUUGGAGCAAAUUAUUUUGGAAUGAUACCUACUUUAUUGUUGAUUAACUCACUCCAGGUUUAAUGGGUCACGUUUAUAAAUCCGGUCUACAACCGGAACCGUUCCUUGGUGACAUCGA